AACAGUUGUUAUUCCCCGUUAAUGUUGUAGGUACCGGGAUAAUAUUAUAAUACAUUAUAACGAACGCAACACUAAUUAUUCAAAUAAAAAAGGUACGAAAUCAGUAGGUUAAAAACAUGUUUAUGAACGAACACCUCGCGAUUCCUUAAGAAACUCGACGCCGACGCGGUGUAAUCCGUUUAACACGAGAGACGACAUUGGUUUUUGUAUUUUUCCCUUGGAACCGAGAGCCGACAUGGAAAUGCUCUUGAUAACAAUAUUUCUCUCUCGAAACGCACGCACUAGACGCUUAAUAUAUUUUAUUCGCUCUGGCAAGCGUCUUGUGCGCCUUCGGUGUGAAACAUCAAUACUUCCGCUGACACGCCAAUGGGCUUGUAACAAUGUAAUCAUUUUAUAUCAUUACCACGCUCGUCGAGUAUUAACAACGGUAGUACUCUGUAGCAUCAAGGGGACAUAAGCAUUGUCAAUAAUUAUCGAUCGAGAACGGUUACGCAGCUUGCGAGUAGUUUAAUCAGUUGCGGGUCAUCGUUAUUCGAACCGAUUUCGAGACGAAUAUGAAAAAAAAAAAAUAAACAGGUACGACGUGUUUUGUAUGGAGGAAUUUGUGCGAUUGCCGACGCCCUCCCGCCGCGCUCGGCCCACGGGUCACAGCACUUCGCCACGGCUUAUGGUCUGCGGGGUUCACCGCACUGAUAAGAGCGACUGUGAUUUCGAUAAUUACACUUAUGUUGUUAACGAUCGUAGCGAUCAUCACGGCCACAACUGAUCGUUAUUAUUGUUAAUGUUAAUAUCUCAUUAAAAUUAUGUCGUUCGUUUAUUCGAUGUCUACCAUCGGAUUCCCGAACGGUCGUUUUGCUGCACCGGUCACCGACUCCGCGACAUGACACGCCGUGUCGACGGGUAGAAUUUCAAAAACGCUUUAGGUACGAGGGAUUGAAUUGUUCAGCGUUUGUUCUGCGCGACAUCCAUGUAACUCGUUUGGUCGACGACACUCGCGGAAUGCCCGUGGUGCCCGCCACGCUCGAACGCAUAAACCGUUACGAGCAACGACGAUGACGACUACGACAAUCGUCAAUUAGGUGAAUAUCGAUACACCGCGUCCUAUUUGUGCGCGUGAAAUCCUGUCGAACGCUCUUCGAAGGAAAGGCAUAACUUUUUUUUAGUUUUCCGUGCGUUUCUCUACACACGCGCACACCCAGACAAAAUGCUAUUGAUUGUAUUCGCAACCAUCUUGCUUGUACCCAACGAUUUAAUAUGUUCAGCUACCGAUCCACUAGCCCGACAGUAUGGCAAAUUAGUAUUCUCUUCGUUGCUUUAUAGACAUGGUGAUCGAGCAAUUACUGAUCAAUCUUACCCUAAUGAUCCAUAUUUAAAUAAAUCCUACUGGCCCAUGGGAUAUGGACAGUUAACAAAUCAAGGAAAAGAAAGACAUUAUGAAUUUGGACAGUGGAUAAGAAAUAGAUACAGUGAUUUUUUGCCUGUAGAAUAUUCAAACAACGAUAUAUACAUACGUAGUACCAGUGUAGACCGUGCUUUAAUGAGUGCUGCCUCCAAUUUAGCAGGAUUAUACCCACCAAACAAAGUUCAACAAUGGAAUAAUAAUGUAGGAAACUUAUGGCAACCUAUUCCUAUACAUUCAAUCCCACGAGAUAUUGAUACGUCUCUGUCUUUUGGUAAUAAUUGUCCACGAUUUGUAGAAGAAUUUAACAGCCUUAAAGAUUUACCGUACAUUCAAAAGUUUAAUGAAAAUCAUCAAGAAUUAUACAAUUAUAUAAGAGAACAUACUGGACUGAAUUUAACUAAUGAAAUUGUUGAUACAUCAACUUUAUAUGACAUCUUAUUAGUUGAGACACAGUUCAAUUAUACACUACCGAAUUGGACAAGUACCAUAUUUCCUCAAAAGUUGAAAGAAGUUGCAGAAUUCUCAUUUUUAAUGCCAACAUCUACUCCAUUACUGAAAAAACUUAGUUGUGGGGUGUUGCUGAAUGAAAUUGUUGAGAAUAUGAAUGGAAAACGAAAUGGUACUUUGAACCCUAAUGUAAAAUUAUGGGUAUAUUCGGCUCAUGAUACCAAUGUAGCUGGAUUAUUAAAUUCUUUAAAUAUUUAUGAUAAAAAAUUACCUCCAUAUACCGCUGCAGUGUUUUUAGAACUUAGAAAAAUUGAAAAUCCAAAUGAUACUUAUGUUGUUACUGUAUCAUACAGAAAUAGUAGUACUCAUGAUCCCUAUUUACUUCAUGUUCCUGGAUGUGAUUCAGUAGCAUGUGAUUUAGACCAAUUCAUUAGUGUAGUGAAACCACUUCUAGUUACUAAUUGGUAUGAAGAAUGUCAAAAAGACCCUGAAAAUAAUUUCUUCAUUUAUAUUAGUAUUAUUUCAGUUUUAGUAGCUGUUUCUAUAAUAUUUUUCAUUUUCAACAAAAAAUAUUUUAUUUGUUAUUGUGGCAGAGAUUAUCAAAAACUGUACCAUGCUGUACCUCGCGAAGAGACAGAAACAGUCGACUUCGAUCAAGAUGGAAGAAGCCGUGUUGCUGUCUCAUUUCGCAUGAAUGGUGUCGAAUCAACCUCUGCAGAUGUGUAAAUAAUACGUGCUACAUAAAACAUAGCAGUAAGGAUUUAAAAUGUUUGAACAAAGUUUAAGAAAAUCUUCAGCAUUAUUUAUGUAUAAUAUGAAAAAAAAAUGUACAAAUGGCCGAUCUCCUGUAUUAAUAUAAUAAU